GUCUCCUUUUCUUACCGGUCCUCCAUACCGGCCGGUACCGGCUUACUUUCCCCUCUGGCUGCAAGUGGAUCCAUCUGUUCUCUCUCUCCCUUGCAAGGCUCAAUUUCACAGUGAUCCGCAGCACGUGUGAAGCCCUGCAGCCCUCUCUCACACGGGAAGCGCCGGAGCAGUGGGGGUCUCUGGCCACGUCUUCGAAGGGUUAAUGGAGAAACCCCACGCCCCCUUUGACGGAACUGAACCAACCUCACCAAAUUUGAAAAGGCAUCCGGAGCUGCGUGUGCGCCCCGGGCUCAGAGAGCCAGCGCCGGACACGGGGUCCCCCUUGCUAUGGGAGCAGAAGCCAGGGCUUAGCUUGCGGAGAGGACUUGCCUUCCCUUUCAAAGCCAGGAGCGGACAGCAAUCGGUGCCCUGCAGGGAGCUCCUGUCCUUCUAAUCCCAAACUCUCACGGGCCCCCCUCGCGUCUAGUCGCAUGUCACGGUGACUCCCAGGCAGCCUCUUGGUGCAGUUUGGUGUCAGCAAAAGUAUUUGUAGCUGUAAAGAUGAACCAGGCUCUUUUCUCGCUCUGGUUCUGCUGUUUCUAUGGAUGUACUGUAGGGACCGGUUUCCUCUAUCAAUUCCCAGCCUCAACUCUACAGCACAACUACCCCGAGCAGAGCUCAGGGUCUCCGGGCAGCGGAUUCGCCAACCGCCGGCACUGGUGUCACUACACAGUUACGCGGACAGUUUCCUGUCAAGUGCAGAAUGGCUCGGAGACCGUGAUCCAGAGGGUUUAUCAGAGCUGCCGGUGGCCAGGACCUUGUGCCAACUUAGUGAGUUACAGGACUCUUAUCAGGCCCACGUACAAAAUGUCUUACCGAACGGUGACCACCCUGGAGUGGAGGUGCUGUCCUGGGUUCACAGGGAGUAACUGCGAAGAGGAAUGCAUGAACUGCACCAGACUAACUGAUAUGACUGAGAGGCUAAACACUCUGGAAGCCAAGAUUCUUCUGCUCGAGUCUGCAGAGCGUGCCCCCACUUCAGAGAAUGACCUGCCAAUCACCAGGACGACAGCCACGUGGUACGACGACUUGCUCCCAGAUGCUAUUCCCCUGGUAAAUCCUGGGACUGUGUUGAGGAAGCCGGUGGGACCAGCUGGGCUACCAGGGCAGAUUGGGCCCCCAGGCCCAAUUGGACCAGUUGGACUUCCAGGACCACCGGGACCAAAAGGAGACAGGGGACAAACUGGCGAGAGAGGGCCAGCAGGGCCACCAGGGCUUCUGGGACCUCCAGGACCAAGAGGACUUCCAGGAGAAACUGGGAUCCCAGGACCUCCGGGACCUCCGGGGCCACCUGCCACCCCAGGCCUUCCGCUCACUGUCCAACAAGGGGUUCUCUACUCACUGCAGCCCACAGCUGAAAAAGAAAAUGGAGAAUCCCAGCUGGCUUCCACCAUCAUCGACACGAUCCUGGCUGGCUUGCCAGGCCCACGCGGCGCACCAGGGCCUGUUGGGCCACCAGGACCCCCAGGCACUUCAGGACCCAAAGGACCCCCCGGACCUAUUGGAGUUCCUGGAUCACAAGGUGUACCGGGCUCUCCAGGACAGCCUGGACCGAAAGGUUCCAAAGGAGAUCGAGGAGAAAGAGGGCAAGCAGGUCUGUCUGGAGAGAGGGGCAAUAAGGGACGGCCUGGUGAACCAGGCAAGAAGGGUGAAGAAGGAGAUAAAGGGGCUGAUGGAGAAGGAGUUCAGCAACUUCGAGAAGCCCUGAAGAUUUUAGCCGAGAGGGUGUUAAUUCUAGAGCAUAUGAUAGGAAUUCAUGAUUCUUUAUCUUCCAUGGAACCAGGCUCAGGGCAAGAAGUGAUCCUAGGCUCCUCUCUACGAACGAGCAUCAAGAUCAAACGAGGUGGUCCUGAGCAGCGGCCCCAGCCCUAUCAGAUCCUCGCUUCGCUGCUGGAGGACACCGAAGCCAAAAGGAAAAGCAACUGAAUGAAAGAGGAGCAUUUGUGCAUUCUAAAGCCCGUUCCCGGAUUAAAGAUACAGUAUCCUAGUGCGUAAUCACCGUGUGCAGAAGGAAGUAGGUAGGAGGCUCCUGGGUUAGCAGUAGGGUUUCUUUGCCUGGACACUGCUAAACCAUUACUGCAGGGAAUGUCUUAACUGUAGCUCAAAGGCUCUUAUGAAGAGCAAUUUCUCUUCCCCCCUCCUUCAGAAUACACCAAAUGGCAGAUAUUCUUAAAAACUAUCCCUGGAAAUGGAUACCCCCCAGCCCUCUUCAAGGGGCUUGAUCCUCCCCCUCACAAAUUAUUUGUUUAAAAGACUGCAUAGCUGGCUCAGACAUCAUUCAGUUCUACUCUAGCUCAGAGCAAAAGCCCUGAGCAACAUUAUACUAUUAUGUUUAAAAAUAACCAGAUGCCACCAAGUUUUUUGUUUUCACACUAUAAUUUCCAGUUGAAGAUAGCCCUUUCAGAACUCCACUAAAGCUAUGGAAAUCUUUCUUUUUAAAGAGUAGAGUGAAAAAUUAAGAACUAAUCACUUAUUUGACAAAUUUCAUCUCUCUUUAUGGCGUGUCUUUCAACAGAUCAUGAUUUGUCUCAGAUGUGCUGGCUCUUCACAAUCUUUGGCAAAUUUCAUUUACUCUUGGGCUUUCUGAUUGAAAUUUAAAAUCAGGGAGUUGAGCUGUGUUGACUGGUUGUGUGAAUGGUGUCAUAUAGACCUUCUGGUAUUCCUUCUGUUCCCUGAUAGUAAGCUGUUCGUGCAAUCAGGUUUCUGGUAUAAAUAAUUACAGAAUGUAAAAUUUGCUUUUCAUGCAUAUUCAAGAUCAACAUUCUUUUUGCAAACAUUCAUAGCAAGCAAGACAAAAUUGUAUGAAAGUUUGCAUAAAGUGAACACAAAAUAGGUAUAAACAUAGCCAAGAAAAAUUAAUUUCUUAUUAGGAACAAAUAUGCACUGAAAAUGUUUUGCAGUAUUUACCCAGCUUUAGACAUAAAUUGGAACUAUUGAUAUAGCUUUCUUUCUAUUGUGGGUAUUUUUAAAAGUAUCCACCAUCUCCUACUGGUUUGAAUCUGGAGGCGGUGUGUUGGCAAAACACAGUAGAAGGAUUAGACUCUUGCCAGUGGCUUGAUCUUGCAGUGAAAUGUUCAAUCAUUUUACUUUUUGCAAUAGCUCUUAUUGUUGGGGGAACAGAAAUUUCACACCUGCUGUCCAAUCAAAUUGGACAAGUUAAUGUUAUUCAUGUAGACAAUUAAUUUACUUUUUUUUUUAAUAGCGGGUUUGAAUGACCAAAGCAACUGAUAACAGGUUACAGAAUUUUUCACUGUUCAGUCACUGGUUCAAAUCCUCUCCAAGGCACUAGUGAACAAAUGUUGUUGUGUCUCUAUUUGGUGGCUUAAGUAAAUUCAUAGCAUCACUCGGGCUCGUUCCUAGUGCAAACUGUAUCUACAUCAAAAAACCACCAUUGCAAUUUAUUAGCCCCUUUGUUGGCAACCUCAACAGAGAGAGCUGAAUGGCCCAUGGAGACAGAAGUACCCUCUUACUGCUAAAGGUGGCCCUCCCAGGUCAGGAUGGAGGCAUGUGGAAUGCUGAAAACUGGAAUCUGCACUGCCAGUGGAUGUAGUCUGUGCCUAGAAUAAGGGGCUCGGGCGCUUUCAGUCUGGCUUAGCCGAACACUAAUUUUAAAAAGUGUGAGAUAUUUAUGUAUGUACGUGUGCACACACACAAUCUCUCUGUCUACAAAGAUACCAAUAACUAUAUCAAAACAUCCAUAUCAGGCCUCUAGACCGUAUUGCAUCACCAGCCAUAAAUAGUUUAAAACCCACCCCAAGUGAAUAGAUUUACAUCUUUAAAACUACCACCAUUUUACAAAGAAUAGGUGAAGGGGGAGGCUGAUAGCAUAUGUUCCUAACAAACAAAAAGCAACAUCUUGAGCUGAUGAUGUGGUCCGCAGAGAAAGCUCCCCAUGCAACACCGUUAAACAAUAUAAACAGCCACUGAAGGCCCAAAAGCUGCAGUAAAUUUAUUUCCUUAACGUACUUUUGAAUUCUGGCACAGACUAGGAAUUGGGGAUAACAACUAAGGCUGCAUUCCAUAGUCAAGGGGUAUAGUUAUGUCCUUGCUUGGAUCCAUUUAAGGAUGUCAUUAGGCAAGCCAAAUCAGCCCAAAAUGUGGAGGACUGCUGGGGAGGCAAAGCAAAAUACAAUCAGGUGCUAUUCCCCAUAAGCCAUGAGAGACUUCAAAGAGCUUUAAAGUCAAUGCAACACUUUAGGAGAUGCAACCAUAAAGAGCAGAUGUUUCAGUCUCCUGUGCAACUGUGUACAUUACAUUCUGGGGGAGUUGUGUCUUUGAGAUGAUGCAGAUAAACAGGGAGCAAUAACCCAGCCUGGAGAGAAUAAAAUGGGUUGUCAAUAUCAGUAAGGCAUUGAUCGAGAGCAAUGGUCACAUCCUGGUAUGACUUCUAGGACAAUAAAAUAAGGCCUUCAGAAGAGAUGUUAGUUGUAAGCCCCAGGCUACAUCCAGUGACUGUGUGUAUAUAAACAAUUCUGAAUGAGAUCCAUAUCUUUUAGAAAUAGUUGGCAGCCAUCUCUCAGUCUAAAUGCAAACACGAAUGCAAAGAGCACAACUAUACCAAGACAUCUGGUAGACAAACAACAAAAGCCCUGUGAACAUUUUCUUCCAUUCACUAAUGGAGGUGGAAUGGAGUUGUAUAAAGGGAAUUUAGACCAUGAAGUCUUGUUGAGGGACAGCUGUUUUAUAACACAGCCAUGCCAUGCCAUAUUUGCACUAGUUUUGUUCUUGGACUGGUCUCCUGUUUCCUUUUAAGAAAAACUUAACUACAACACACUUUUAUAAGUCAGCCAGUGGUUAGAAAUUUACAAGAGGUGCCUGGUCACUUCUGUUGAUAGAUAAUCUGGGGUCCCCUCCUGCACGUAUUACCAGGCAGAAUGCUAACUAACUACCCUCAUGUCUAGUAGUAAGUGUUCAGGAAACUGGUUCCUGAGACAUGAUGAGAAAUCACAGUUUGGUCAAAAGAUUUAAGCUGGUCUGAGCUGCAUUUCAUCUGAUCACUAGGAAAGAGUUUUCCCAUAGCAGGACCCAGAGGCAAAGCCAAACAACCCUCCAACCUGAUAUUUAAAAGGGGAAAUAUCAAUAUUCUGUUUUGACAAUCCCAUGGCUGUUGGAUGUAAUUUGGGAAGGGGGAGAGAUAUUAUGCAGUAUGGAUUCAAUUAGUAGUUCCUUGAAAUUUUGGAGUCCCCCAAAUGAGUUAAAGGGGACUGUUUUUGUUCCCACAACUUUGUAUUUGGGAAUUAAAAAACAAUUGCAUUAGCUUGAUGAGUAAUCCCUUUAGUUGAUUCGCAUUUGACUAGCGUGCUGGGUUUUAAUUAAAUUAUGCAGAACAACUUAGUGGUAAAAUGAAAAAGUUAAUUGAAAUGGUUUGCAAUUAAUCCUAGCAGAUUGAUUGUCAGAAGGCAGGUUUAGGUUCAGAUUGCAACUUCAUUUUAAUUACCAACUUUCACAGAUUUCUAUGAUGACCUAUGUAAUUCUUUGCUCCCAACACUCCUUGUUUGCUAAGGGUAUGUCUACACUACCUGCCAGAUCGGCGGGCAGAGAUCGAUCCAGCGGGGGUCGAUUUAUCGCAUCUAGUCUAGAUGCGAUAAAUCGACCCCCGAGCGCUCUCCCGUCGACUCCUGUACUCCACCGCUGCGAGAGGCGCAGGCAGAGUCAACGAGGGAGCGGCAGCAGUCUACUCACCGCAGUGAAGACAGUGUGGUGAGUAGGUCUAAGUACGUUGACUUCAGUAGCUGAAGUUGCUUAACUUAGAUCGAUCCUCCCCCUCCCCAGUGUAGACCAGGCCUUAGCUACAUCUAUCAAUGUGGUACUGUAUCUUUAAUCUGGGUAACGAUAGGACCAUAUAGUGUGGACAUUGUCACUGGACUAGGGUUUAAUUCCUCACUAGUAAAUCAAUUAGACCACAUUGUGGUGCAGUCUUAGUUUAAAAAAAAAAAAAAAGUUAUAAAGGUGAACAUAACCUCAUAUGUUGACAUUAAUGAUAUUUGUGACUAAAUAAACCACUCCAACCACAUUUUCCAUCUUAGGCAGGAUACUAAGAUUCAUUUUAGCCAGAGCAUAUGCAUUGUACCAUCUCUGUGUAAUAUAGGGGGUGGACAUAUUUCAAAUGCAUGCUCAUUUAGAAGUAUACUUUAAUUGAAAUGUUAGUGCUUUCUCUUACAUACAUACUGUGCAAUACCAUAGUGUGUUCUUUUGCCUUUGUUAAGACUUCUUUGGGAUUUUUAAAGUACUUCUCUAAACUCCAAUACUUUUCAACUUGGAUUGGUUCUGGUAGUAGAAAAACAAUUUCCCUUGCCUUGAGCUAACCAAAAGCAAUGGCUGCAUAUUGCACAGUAGAAUACGGUGUAGUUUAUGCACCCCAACUUUCACUAGUGCUCUGGUAUCCUCUUGAGAAAUAGAGAAUGCUUCACUCCAGAGUUUCCAAUAUGCACUUUUUCUAAAGACUUGACAACAAUGCAGGAAAAUAGGAAUACGCUAGAGCUAAGGGUCAUAUCCUGCUUCCACUGAUGUCCACAGGGCUCUUGCCAUUGACUUUAAUGGGAGCAAGAAUAGGCCACACGUUCCGAUCCAGAUCUUCAGUUGGUGUAAAUUGGGACAGGUCCAGUGAUCUCAGUGGAACUAUGACCAUUUAUACUAGAGCUGGCUCACAAACGUUGGCACUGAACCGAAAUCCCAGCUCCAAUCUAUAGAAUAAACUUUGUUAAAGCAGAAACCCAUCCACUACCCCUAUGGCUUCAGGAAGACAGACAAACUAAUUCUAGGAUUACAUGCAGGUAGGUUCUUGAUUGACUAAUUGGAAAUCCCUUCUAGUCCACAAUUAUGACCUCUGUAUUAUUCAAGAUUCCAUUCCAUUCUGCUCCAGCACUGGGGGGGG